AUGAGCCUUAACGAUGAGACUGAUGAUUCUGAUGUUGAAAUCACUCCACCACCCCAAACAAACAUUCCUCGCAGAAAGAGCAGAUUUGGAACAGCCACGGGGAAACCCAUGUUGCAGUCCACAAUAGAUGGUGGCAUAGGCUCGUCCUCACAGGCGUGUAGAAAGAAGAAGCAUGUACCUGUGAAAUCAGUGAUUCGGGGAGGGAGAAGAAAGCCAUUGACUCAGUCGCAAAAGGGCAAGGCCAAGGCUACCAAUCCGCAAAAGAAGAAGAAGGUCGAGGAGAUACCAGACUUUGAUGACUCAUUGGAGGAAGAGGAGUUGGAUGAAGAAGAGGAGUUGAAUGAAGAAGAAAUCGAAAUGGACAAUAGGCAAAGAUCAGAUGUGUGGCCUGAUUUCACGGUGGUCCACAAACCGAAUGAGACGAUGAAAGCUCAAUGCAAGCAUUGCAGGAAUGAGUAUGCUUGGCAUUCCCACUCGCAUGGAACCAGUGGGCUGAGAAGGCAUCAUUUUAGAUGUAAGGUGUAUCAAAGGAAAAAUAGAAAUCAGCAGAAGAUCAAUUUCGAGGGGAAGUUACACUCUGGCAAGUAUGAUCAUACCGUCUUUCGGCAGAUGGUAGCUAAGACGAUAGCCCAGCAUGAUCUACCAUACUCGUACGUAGAGUAUGAGAAAGUGCAAGAAACUUGGACGUAUUUGAAUCCUGAUGUGCAGACCAUUUGUCGAAACACGGCUAGAUCAGAUGUAUAUCGACUAUAUGAAAGCGAGAGAGACGCAUUGAGGAGAGACUUAGCUACACUUCCUGGUCGAGUAUCAUUGACAUCUGACUUGUGGACGUCAAUAAAAUGUGAAGGGUACAUGUGUGUGACUGCACAUUACAUUGAUCGGAACUGGAAGUUGAACAGCAAGAUCAUCACGUUUUGUGCUCUAGCGCCACCACACACUGUCACAUUGGAUAAUGCUACAAGUAAUGACUCGAUGCAAGAUAUUGUGAAGUCCCAGCUAAUGUUGACAGAUGACUUGGUGUGUGGAGGAGAAUUUUUCCAUGUAAGAUGUGCAGCUCACAUACUUAACCUUAUAGUGCAAGAUGGGUUAAAGGUUAUUAAAGGCGCUUUGCACAAAGUAAGAGAGAGUGUGAAGUAUGUGUUAUCAUCUACAUCGCAGGAGGUGUUGUUCGGAAAAGCUGUGGUUGCUGCGAAUGUAAAAGAAACUCGGGGGCUGAUAUUGGAUGUCUCGACCAGAUGGAACUCCACUUACUAUAUGCUGCAAAUUGCAGUAAAUUACCGUAAGACAUUUGAGAAGUUUGAGUCAUUUGACAAGCGAGGUUUUACAAUGGCGCCCACAGCUGAAGAAUGGACAAGAACAAGUAAUAUCUGCAAUUUUCUGUGGCCGUUUGCUGUGAUCACAAAGAUGAUGUCUGGCACUAAUUACCCGACAUCUAAUUUGUAUUUCUAUCAAGUCUGGAUGAUCCAUAAUUGGCUCCGGAAUAAUGAGGAAAGCGAUGAUGAGGUUGUCAGAUUCAUGGUGGCACCAAUGAAGGAGAAGUUUGACAAAUAUUGGGAUGAUGUCAGUGGUCUUUUUGCAAUGGCAGCAGUCUUUGAUCCGCGAUUUAAGCUAUCAAUUGUUGACCAUUGUUUAGGGAAGCUUGACAUGAGAACAAAAGAUGUUAAGGUGAAGAACUUGCGUGAGAGGCUAAGCAUUCUCUUUGAGUCUUAUGACAAAAAAUCGAAGGCAAACUCCCCUUCUACGGAGCCACGUGAGACGGUUCCACCCAAAACAUGUGAGCCAGUGUCCACUAAAAUGUUUGAGAACUACACUGUGAAUGUUCCUUUUACAAUCAGUGGUGUUGGGAGUGGGAAGACACCUCUAGAAGCAUAUCUUGAUGAACCACCAUUGGAAGUUUCCAGUUUUAAGAGCUUGAAUAUUCUUGACUUCUGGAAAGAUAAUGCUCAUCGCUAUGGUGAUUUGGCUGAAGAAGAAGUAUUUGGUGAAGAAGAUAAACCCCCAUCAGUUGAAUCAGCUGUUGGUGAUGAAGUGGAAGUUGCAAAAGUGUGA